AUGGAUAUCUAUGGAAUGUCGUCAUCUGGACAGGAUUUCUCCGGCGUUGACGAGCUACUCGACUUCUCCAACGAUCAUGGCGACCUCUUCGGCGCCUCCGCCACCGACAUACUCCACCAGCAUCACAACGUUACCGCCGCCUCCACCGCCACCGGCUGCCAUUUCCAGUACGGAGUUAACAACGACGAUAGUAAUAACUAUAAUAACGACAUUGCAACCAACUACCACCACCACUCGACGGACUUCACCGACGACCUAUGCGUCCCUAGUGAGGACGUGGCGGAGCUGGAAUGGCUAUCGAAUUUUGUUCACGAUUCCUUCAGCGAUUUUCCGGCGAAUAAUCUGGCCGGAACUAUAAACUACCGUCCGGAAAACACAUCAUUUCAUAGCCGAUCUAGAAGCAAAAGAACCAGAGCACCUACCAACAGUACUAGCUGGACAUCAACCACGCCGUUACCUACCGCUUCGAUCUCCGAAAAACAGACGACGAAGCUAGAGACGUACUCAUCGCCGACAUCAUCGUCUUCGGAUACAACAUCAGAGGCUGGAUUAGUCCGGCGAUGCACUCACUGCGCAUCGGAGAAGACGCCGCAGUGGAGGACCGGACCGCUAGGUCCAAAAACACUCUGUAACGCGUGUGGCGUGAGGUACAAGUCAGGGAGGCUAGUGCCGGAGUAUCGACCGGCGGCAAGUCCGACGUUUGUGCUGACUCAACACUCUAACUCUCACCGGAAAGUAAUGGAACUCCGUCGACAAAAGGAAAUGGUCCAUGGCCAACAACAACAACAGUCACCGACAUCUGAAUACCAACUCUACGGCGGCGGACACCACCAUAACCACAACAACUACGAGGUUUGCUAA